GUCUAAAAGUCGUAUCAUGGUAGAUCUGAACAUACUGAACACAGCACACAGUACUGAAUGAUAAAAACACGAGCACUCAGGUGUCAGAAACUUCUGACGUACACCUUACUGUGAAUUUUUGUAGGAUGGUACCGGUACUCGUUACGUUUUGAUAAUGAAGCUAUCGUCUUAUCGCCAUAAGUAGCUCUACGCGAAGAGUGUCUGAUUGCGAAGCGCUGGCCAUGUACGACGUUUCAGUAAUCCUAUAUUUCGGGUGCUUCGGUCUCUUCCCAAACUUUUGUCUUUUGCUCCCUCGGCGCCUCGUCACCCCGACAGUAAACACAACCACAAACAACAAAGUCACAUAACCAAGCAGAAACCUAUAAGUAACCUCCACACUACUAGUAUCGAUGCUACGUACCUCCAGAGACAACAGCCAAACCACCAUCAGUCCACAUCCUUGCUCAUGGCAGGCAAUGAAGAAUCAGGCAGCGACGAAGACGCGAUGUCGAGAAUCCGCCUUCCUCGUGCAAAUGAUGUCCUCUGUGGAAGAGGAGGUCACGGCACGUCCCAUCCGGGCAAUCUCGGUUUUCGUAUGCUCGUAGAAAAAUACAAACCCAAGUUUCAGUCAGCUCCCCGUUCUGAAAAGUCCAAGAUAGCCACAGCGGUAGUCAUGGCAUGGCGGAAACAGAAUCCUCCAGGUCGUUUCUUGUCUCUCUCAAGCGAAUCCAGAGGCGGUGACAAUCUUUGGCAUGACAUUGGUGACAAGCUUGCCACUAGAAAGGCCAACCAAGGGCUCAGAGAGAAGGGGCCCAAUCCUGGUCACCUUGGCAUAGCGCCUCCUCCCCCUCCUUCGGCCGCGGCUGCUCCAAGUUCUGACAUAUCCUCCGUGGCAGCAGUUGCUACUACCAACGUCCCUCUUGUGCAAGGAUAUCCCUCAGCUGUGGCACCGCCUUACAGUGCCAUGCUUUCCCCGGCAUUGGCAGCAAGUGCUACGAAUAUCCCACUACCGCAGGGAUAUCCUUCGGGUGCCUCGGUUCCAGCCGUUGCCGGUGGUGUUGCAAUUCAACAGGGCCCACAAACCAAAGCUGUUCUAGGUAUACACAAGGCUCCAAUUGCCACGACAUCCUCGUCAAAGGCAGCAACUGCUCCCAACCUCCCUCUCACACACGGAUAUCAUUCGGCUGCCCCUGCCCCUGUCGCCCUAUCCCCAGCGUCUGCAGCCAUAGCUGCCGAUAUCCAAUCGGCGCAACAUUCUUCUGCAGGGAUGCACAAGAAGCCGGAGGCUAGGGGAGCCGAGGGAUCAUCAAGUGGCAGGGGAAAUGCCAAGCAACAAAACGCUGCCAAGCGGGAAGCACGUCGAGGGAAAGGAGGACAAGCGAAACAAAGCAUACACAAGCAACAUCAGCAAGAACGCGUGGAUAUGGACGGCAACGUUCACCGGAGAGUCCAAGAUGCAGAACAGCAGAUUCAACAAAUACAGUUCCAAGUUGCCCAGCAAGCUAUGCAAAUACAAGCUCUGCAAGCGCUGCAGAUGCACCAGCACCGACAACAGCUUCAACAGGUCCCACAAUACCCCCAAAACCUGCAACAGCAACCUCCAUCUCAUUCUAGUCAACCAAUGCAGCAGCAGCAGCAGCCACCUAGGCAAUCCCAGCAAGCAGUACCAGUACAACAGCAGCAGCCACCUACGCAAUCCCAGCAAGCAGUACCAGUACAACAGCAACCGGUGCAAGAACGGCCGCAGUCAAGUCUCCUUCGACAUCAACUGGAAAUGUUCAAUGCAAGCCACCAACAGAGUGUAAACGCCAAUGGAGAAGCGACAGCGUACUCUUCCUCAGGAGCAUCAUCUGACAGCCCUGUACCGGUGUCAACGAGCACAGGCCGUGGUGCAGCUUCUUCGUCAUCCGAGCCGUAUGGGGAGCCGAACACCGGUAGCAGCAGUGGACAAGAGGCGCAGUCGUCGUCCUCGGAACCAUGUGCGGACAUUGGUGCCCCAGUCGACACUGACGACAGCGAGUACAAAGCUCUAGAUCGAGCGUCAUUUCCUCCAGCUGCCAAACUUACGAAGCACGCCUUUUCUUCCUCAGACGAGGAUCGGAGUCGAAACAAUACCUUCGACGGGGUUGACGGCGAAAGUUCCGACGAAAACAGGUCAGGGGAUGAUGGCAGGGACGUACCGUCGAAAUCGAAAGCACGCGAUGAUAACUUGUCUGAUACAGAGAGCAACAAGACAGGGAGCAUGGAAGAUGGCGGCGAGAGUGGCGGAAGUGUCUCAGGCGGUGCUGGAAGCAGUGGUGGGGAAGCAGACCGGUCCUCUUCAUCUUCUUCCGAUGAGCAGCAACGACGCAAGCACAAACCCUCCAAAAUGUCAAAACGCCAAGGAACCAGACUGCCAAGGCCUAACUCGCACGGUUGA